GUUAUCCCCUUCCCCUUCCCUCAACGGGAGACAGUGGACACAGAGAGAGGGCGGUUCCCAUAACUAUUUCAUCUCCCAACGGUCUCCUUCUCUCUCUCUCUCUCUCUCUCUCUCUCUCAACAACUGGAAGAGAAGAAAAAGAAGCAAUCUCAUUUGGACCAACAAAGCCCACUUUUUGGAGUCAAAGCCACUCUCUCUCUCUCUCUCUCUCUCUCUCUUUUCCUUUACCUUCCGAUUCUCUCAUCUUUGUUUCUUUCACUUUCUGCUUUGAACAAACCUCAUCUCAUGGGUUUAUUUCUGUUUUCUCACAAGAAAUCACUUCUCUCGUAAUCUUCCUCGUUUGUGCUCUGAUUCUCAAACAAUAAACGGUCUGAAACCCAGAUCCUAACUGAUCAAAUCCCAAAAGGGUUUUGCCGGAAACCCUCUCUCUCUCACUAGGGCAUGUUGUUCUGCUAAGAUGGGUGUUCUAGACUUCUGGGUCACCUUCCUUCUUCUCGUUUUCUCUCUCCAAUCUCAAGUCUCAAAUUCCCAAAACCUAACAUGCAAUCCAAACGACCUCAAAGCCCUCCGAAGUUUCUUGAUUGGAUUGGAAUCAGGAAUCAAUGGCUGGGUAACCAAUUCCACCAACUCCUCUUCCCCCAACUGCUGUACCUGGGCAGGAAUCAAAUGCGAUGAUUCGGGUCGGGUUGUCGAAUUGGAACUUCCAAGACAGAGACUAACAGGCCAAAUCUCUGAUUCCUUGGGUGGUUUAAAUCAGCUCAAGACCCUCAAUUUCUCCACCAAUUUUCUCCGAGGCUCAAUCCCACAUUCACUAUUCCAAUUGCCCAAUCUUGAACUUCUUGAUUUGAGCAACAACGAUUUAUCCGGCCCAAUCCCAAUGACCAUAAACCUCCCAUCACUCAAAGUUUUGGAUUUUGAUGAUAAUUCCUUGGAGGGUACGAUCCCUUCUGGUAUUUGCAACAACUUAACAAGAAUCCAGUCCAUUCGUUUUGCUUGCAAUUACCUCACUGGUAGUAUCCCACCAGGGCUUGGGAAUUGCAGUUCAUUGGUGCGACUCUGCCUCGGCUCGAAUUUCUUCGCCGGAGGUGUGCCGGAGGAUCUUUUCCGGCUGCCGGAACUGACCGGGUUGAGUAUUUCGGAGAACCGGCUUUCCGGACCGCUCAGCAGUGGUGUUGGUAACCUCUCUAAACUUGCUCAUUUGGAUAUUUCAGCAAAUGGGUUUUCUGGAGAAAUUCCAGAUGUAUUUGCUUUGUUGGUAAAGUUAGAGGAUUUUUCUGCUCAAUCUAAUAGGUUUAGCGGUAGAAUACCGCCUUCUUUGUCGAAUUCUAGGACUAUUAGUUCUCUUCUGCUGAGGAAUAACUCUUUGAGUGGUUCAAUUGAUCUUAAUUGUAAGGCAAUGACUAGUUUGGUGUCUCUUGAUUUGGCUACUAAUGAUUUCAACGGUUCUGUUCCUGCUAAUCUCCCCUCCUGCACCCAACUGAAAACUAUAAACCUUGCUAGGAACAAUUUCAGUGGCCAAGUCCCAGAAAGCUUCAGGAAUUUCCACAGCCUUUCGUCCCUUUCGUUUUCGAAUUCCAGCAUUUAUAACCUUUCAUCUGCGCUUGAAAUCCUACAGCAUUGCCAAAACUUGACCACCUUGGUUCUCACCUUGAAUUUCCAGAACGAAAUGUUGCCAUCUGAUGGUAUUCUGGGGUUUAAAAAAUUGAAGGCUCUUGUUGUUGCCAAUUGCAGACUCACCGGUGUAAUCCCCCAGUGGUUGAGGGGUUUAAAUAAAUUGCAGUUGUUGGAUUUGUCGUGGAAUCGAUUGGGUGGACAGAUUCCUCCUUGGUUAGGCAAUUUCAACAGUCUUUUUUACAUAGACUUGUCGAACAAUUCCUUGACUGGAGAGAUUCCAAAGAAUCUGACUGGAUUACCAAGCUUCAUAUUAGGAAAUGUCCCAUUGCAAGAUCCAAGUUUGGAUUUUCCCUUUUUCGUGAAACGGAACAAAAGUGCUGCUAACGGGUUGCAAUAUAAUCAAAUUCGAAGCUUUCCACCCACACUUGACCUCAGCGAAAACAAUCUCACCGGACCAAUCUGGCCUGAAUUUGGAAACCUGAAAAAGUUGCAUGUUUUGGAUUUGAAAUUCAACAGUUUAUCCGGAAUCAUUCCUAGUAAUUUGUCAGGUAUGGCCAGCAUUGAGUCUUUGGAUUUGUCCCAUAAUAAUCUGUCGGGAACUAUUCCUCUUUCGUUGGUGAACCUAAGCUUUCUGUCGCAGUUCAAUGUUGCUUACAACCAUUUGUUUGGUGAGAUCCCCGCCGGAGGCCAAUUCCCUACUUUUCCGAACUCGAGCUUUGAGGGGAACAUUGGUCUAUGUGGUGAACAUUCUUCUUCCCCUUGUGUGAUUACCAAUCAAGAUCCUCAAGUAUCUCAUACUGAGUCGACGAGAAGAAAAGGUGUUGUUAUUGGAAUGGCGGUUGGGAUUGGGUUUGGGACAACAUUUCUCCUUGCCGUUAUGUUCUUGAUCCUUUGGCGUGCAAGUAGUCGACAAGAGGUUGAUCCAGAAAAAGAAGAGGUCGAUGGUACCGAAAAGGAGUUGGAAGAACUUGGAUCGAAAUUAGUUGUUCUUUUUGGAAACAAGGACAACAACAGCAGCAACAACAAAGAGCUAUGCCUCGAUGACCUUUUGAAAGCCACUAAUGAUUUUGAUCAAGAAAAUAUCAUUGGUUGUGGGGGAUUCGGUUUGGUGUAUAGAGCCACACUUCCCGACAGUAGGAAAGUUGCGAUCAAACGGCUUUGCGGUGAGUACGGUCAGAUGGAGAGAGAAUUUCAAGCCGAAGUGGAAGCUCUCUCUAGAGCUCAACAUACAAAUCUAGUCCUUCUUCAAGGGUAUUGUACUUACAAGAAUGACCGCCUUUUGAUAUACUCUUUCAUGGAGAAUGGAAGCUUGGAUUAUUGGUUACAUGAGAAACCCGACGGGCCUUCCUCAUUGGAUUGGGACACAAGGCUUCAUAUUGCUCAAGGGGCUGCAAGAGGGCUUUCUUACUUGCACCAAUCAUGCGAGCCCCAUAUCCUUCACCGCGAUAUAAAGUCAAGUAACAUACUCCUAGAUGAAAAUUUUGAAGCUCAUUUGGCUGAUUUUGGACUCGCGAGGCUAAUACUUCCAUACGACACCCAUGUCACCACCGAUCUAGUUGGGACAUUAGGGUACAUCCCUCCAGAGUACGGCCAAGCUUCUGUUGCAACUUAUAAAGGGGAUGUGUACAGCUUUGGGGUUGUCCUUUUGGAGCUUAUUACUGGAAAGAGGCCAAUGGAUAUAUGCAAGCCGAAAGGAACUAGGGAUUUGAUUUCAUGGGUGCUUCAAAUGAGGAGGGAGAAAAGGGAAAGCGAAGUGUUUGAUCCGUUUAUCUAUGACAAACAGCAUAGCAAGGAGCUGAUGAGGGUUCUUGAGAUUGCUUGUCGUUGCUUAUGUGAUUGCCCUAAAUUGCGGCCUUCAACUCAGCAGCUUGUUUCUUGGCUUGACAACGUUGAUCUCGACGUCUAGCUUUUCAAUGUUUUAAGAAAUCUUCUUGUCGCACAACAGAAGAAGUUUCUUGCAUAUAAAAGAGAUUCCGAUGUAAAUAUCUACUCUACCCACAUACAUAGUUGGAAUGUUGAGUGGAGAAGGGAUCUAACAAGAGCAAACAAAACAAAUAUAUCGUGUAAGUAAUGCUUGUAAUAUUAGUUCCUUUGCUUUUGAUUCAGCAGUAAUUUGGUUGUCGAACAUGCUUUAAAUAAAUUUUUGGAAAUUUUGCCA